UGACAGCCUGAUGACCACUCCUAGAAAGUUUGGGGCGGAGAGUCACAGUAAUCUAAGUUGAAGCAUAAAGACAGUUGCACAUUUCUCAGAUUUUUUUUGGUUCUUCAGAAGUGGAAAAUGUCGGGAGUCGCCUCUACCCUGGCCAAGAAGAGAGCGCAGGCUGCAGGGUUUGGAACGAACGCCAAUGCCACUAAAUACCUCAACCAGGACUUUGAGGCGCUCAGGAGCCAGUGUCUCGGCAGAGGGACCCUGUUCUCAGACCCGUCUUUCCCAGCCGCACCCGAAUCCCUGGGCUUUAAAGAACUCGGACCCAACACGUCCAAAACCAGAGGAAUAGUAUGGAAAAGACCCGGGGAGCUCUGCUCGAAACCACAGUUCAUCGUCGGUGGAGCGACACGGACGGAUAUCUGUCAAGGAGCUUUGGGUGACUGCUGGCUGCUAGCGGCUAUUGCUUCCCUGACCCUGAAUGAAGACGUUCUGGCCCGAGUGGUGCCCGGCGGACAGAACUUUGACGACAGUUAUGCUGGAAUCUUCCAUUUCCAGUUCUGGCAGUUUGGUGAAUGGGUGGAUGUUGUCAUUGACGAUCGGCUGCCAGUGAAAGACGGUGCGCUGGUGUUUGUUCACUCCGCCGAGGGAAAUGAGUUCUGGAGCGCCCUGCUGGAGAAGGCCUAUGCUAAGGUGAACGGCUGUUAUGAAGCCCUGUCUGGAGGAUCCACCAGUGAGGGCUUUGAGGAUUUCACUGGAGGCAUCGCUGAGAACUACGACCUGAGUAAAGCGCCGUCCAACAUGUUUCAGAUCAUCCAGAAAGCCCUGGAUUGUGGAGCUUUGCUGGGCUGCUCCAUCGAUAUCACUAGUGCUUCUGAUUCAGAAGCCGUCACCCGUCAGAAGCUGGUGAAAGGCCACGCCUACUCGCUCACAGGGGCGACAGAGGUGAACUAUCGUGGCCGCAAGGAGAAGCUGGUCCGUAUGCGCAACCCUUGGGGGCAGGUGGAGUGGACCGGAGCCUGGAGUGACAGUUCAUCCGAAUGGAACAGUGUUGCGGCUUCAGAGCGACCUAACGUCAACGCUGAGGAUGGUGAAUUCUGGAUGUCAUUCUCAGAAUUCCUAAGCCAUUACUCUCGUAUAGAGAUCUGCACCCUGACCCCGGACACCCUCACCAGCGAUUCGGUAAAACACUGGGCCGUGACUAACCACGACGGCGCUUGGAGGAAAGGCUCCACCGCCGGGGGCUGCAGAAACAACCCUUACACAUUCUGGAUGAAUCCUCAGUUUGUGAUUAAGCUGGAUGAUGACAAUCCAGACGAUAAUGAGCCAGACUGCAGUUUCGUGGUGGGUCUGAUCCAGAAGAACCGACGCCGCCUAAGGAAAAUGGGAGAGGACAUGCACACUAUCGGCUUUGCUAUUUAUGAGGUACCUCCACAGUUUCAGGGUCAGCGGGACGUGCACCUCGAUAAGAACUUCUUCCUGACGCACGGACAGAAAGCUCGCUCUGAGACUUUCAUUAACUUGAGAGAGGUCUGCACGCGCUUCAAAUUGCCUCCAGGAGAAUACCUUGUUGUGCCUUCCACCUUCGAAGCCAACCUGGACGGAGACUUUUGCCUGCGCGUCUUUUCCGAAAGACAGACCGAAACACUAAUAUGUGAUGACCCUGUGGAUGCUGAACUACCUGAUGAGACUGUCUCAGACGCUGAAGUUGAAUCUGGAUUCAGAACCAUGUUCGUGAAACUCGCUGGAGCUGACAUGGAAAUCUCAGCCUCAGAGCUCAUGACUAUCUUAAACAGAAUCAUCGCAAAACGAACUGACAUAAAGACAGGCGGCUUCAGUAUGGAGACGUGUCGUGUCAUGGUGAACAUCAUGGAUGACAGUGGGAAUGGAAAACUGGGUCUGGGAGAGUUUGCUACUCUGUGGAAGAAAGUGCAGAAAUACCUUGGAAUUUACAAGAAGAAUGACAUGGAUGGUUCAGGAACCAUAAGCACUACAGAGCUGCGUAUGGCACUGAAAGAGGCCGGUUUCUGUCUGAAUAACGCUAUAUUUCAGCUGCUAGUAGCACGUUACGCUGAGACAGACAUGACCCUUGACUUUGAUAACUUUGUGGCCUGCCUCAUGCGUCUGGAGAUGAUGUUCCGGGUGUUCAAAAAGCUGGAUGCCCACAAAAGUGGCUUCAUUGAGCUGGACUUUCAGCAGUUAUCUCAGCUGGGUGUAUGGGGUUUCCUUAUAACGCUUAGAGAACUGCCCUCCAUGGACAUUGCAUUGUCCAUGAAAUCAUAUAUGUUUUCAAUUGGAGGAGUGUCGUCGCGUAUCUACAAGGAGCGCUUGCAGGCUGAAGGGAUGGGAAGCAAUGACAAUGCAGUCAAGUUCCUGAACCAGGACUACGAGGAGCUGAGAAGAGAGUGUGUGGAGAGCGGCAGGCUGUUUGAGGACUCCUGCUUUCCCGCCGUGCCCCAGUCACUGGGCUUCAAGGAGCUCGCACCAAACUCCUCCAAAACACGCGGUGUGCAGUGGAUAAGACCCACUGAGCUGUCGAACAAUCCUCAGUUUAUAGUUGGUGGAGCCACUCGGACAGAUAUUUGCCAGGGGGCUUUAGGUGACUGUUGGCUGUUGGCUGCCAUUGGGUCCCUGACUUUAAACGACAAGCUGCUUCACAGAGUUGUACCUCAUGGCCAAAGCUUUACGGACGAGUAUGCCGGCAUCUUCCACUUCCAGUUCUGGCAGUUUGGCGAGUGGGUGGACGUUGUGAUUGAUGACCGAUUGCCUGUAAAGGAUAAAGAGCUAAUGUUUGUUCACUCAGCAGAGGGAAAUGAGUUCUGGAGCGCCCUUUUGGAGAAGGCCUAUGCCAAGCUGAAUGGCUCAUAUGAAGCUCUGUCGGGAGGUUCCACCACCGAAGGCUUUGAGGACUUCACAGGUGGAGUGGCUGAGAUGUACGAGCUGCGUAAAGCUCCCAAAGACCUGCACCGCAUCAUUGCCAAAGCCUUGGAGAGAGGCUCACUGCUGGGCUGCUCCAUUGAUAUCACCAGUGCCUUUGACAUGGAGGCCGUGACCUUUAAGAAGCUGGUGAAGGGGCAUGCGUACUCCGUCACAGGUCUCAGAGAGGUGAAUUUCCGUGGCAGAAGAGAGAGGUUGAUCCGCAUCCGAAACCCUUGGGGGCAAGUGGAAUGGACAGGGGCCUGGAGUGACAAUUCUUCUGAGUGGAAUGGAAUUGAUCCAGCAGAAAGAGAGGAAAUGAACAACCACAUGGAGGAUGGCGAGUUUUGGAUGUCAUUUGAGGAGUUCAAACGUCAGUUUUCUCGUCUGGAGAUCUGUAACCUCACACCAGAUGCUCUGAGUGAAGAUUCUCUAAAUUUCUGGAACACGAUUAAGUUUAAUGGGACCUGGAGGCGAGGAAGUACAGCAGGGGGCUGCAGGAACCACCCCAAUACAUUCUGGAUAAACCCUCAAUAUAAGAUCACGCUACAGGAGGAAGAUGAUGAUCCUGAGGAUAAUGAGGUGGCCUGCACAUUCAUGGUGGCCUUGAUGCAAAAGGACAGACGGCGUUAUCGCAAGCAAGGACAGGAUAUGCACACCAUCGGCUUCGCCUUAUAUGAGGUCCCAGAAGAGUUUCGUGGCUCCCAGAGUGUUCACCUCAAGAAGGACUUUUUCUUGCGUCAAUCGUCCUGUGCGCGGUCAGACAGCUUCAUUAAUCUGCGAGAGGUCAGUACGCGACUGAAACUGCCACCGGGCGAGUAUCUCAUUGUCCCUUCCACUUUUGAGCCUGGAAAAGAGGCUGACUUCGUCCUGCGAGUCUUCACUGAGAAACAGUCAGAAACUCACGAAAUGGAUGAUGAGAUUUCAUUUAACCUGGAAGAUGAAGAAGAGGUUUCAGAGGAGAAUAUUGAUAUCUCUUUCAAAAAAAUGUUUUCUCAGCUGUCAGGAGAGGACAUGGAGAUUUCAGUUCAUGAGCUCAGGACCAUUCUGAACCGAGUGGUGGGCAAACACAGGGACUUAAAGACAGACGGGUUCAGUAUGGAGUCGUGUAGAUGCAUGGUCAGCCUGAUGGAUAAAGAUGGCAGUGCACGGCUGGGAAUUGUGGAGUUCCAGAUUCUGUGGAAUAAAAUCAGGAAGUGGCUGGGCAUUUUCAGACAGUUUGAUCUGGAUAAAUCUGGCACAAUGAGCUCCUAUGAAAUGCGCCUGGCUGUGGAGUCAGCUGGUUUUAAACUGAAUAACAAGCUUCAUCAGAUACUGGUGGCGCGAUAUUCCGAAGGAGAUACAAUUGACUUUGACAACUUUGUCUGUUGCCUGGUCAAACUGGAGACCAUGUUCAAGUCUUUUAGAGAGCUGGAUAGAGAGGGGUCAGGCAUCGCAGAACUCAAUAUAAGCGAGUGGCUGUACAUGACCAUGUGUGGUUGAUGUGUUAAGAAGAAGAUCAUAUCGUGCUGGACUAGAAGGGCCGAAAUCACACUCCCUCAACCGCAGCUUUAAGCCAUUACACCCCC